AAAUUUUCACAGAGCGCCACUUCCGUUGCCUUUUUGCUACUGCAAUACAUACAACAUAUUCUUUGAGUGAGAAUCGUAAACAGAUAUUCGCACUAAGAUUUUAUUGGAUAGCAUAACACAGAGCACAAAUAAAUGGAUUUUGUUUUCCCGCUACAAACUCGGUGUGUGUCGCUCAAACCCAAGAAUUGCAGCCCGCCAAAUGCUCCUACGCUACGAGGUUUGGUUCAGGGAAGUCGGAAAACCCCCAAAAAUGCUAGGGUUCGUUCGGAAUUCGACGCUAAACCAAACGGCGCCCUAUCUGCUGACUUCGACCCUCGUUUCACUGACAGGCAAAAGGCCCUUGAAGCUGCCAUGAACGACAUCAAUAGCUCUUUCGGGAAAGGAAGUGUUACGAGGCUGGGGAGUGCUGGUGGAGCAUUGGUCGAAACAUUUCCGAGUGGCUGCCUGACCUUGGACUUUGCUUUAGGUGGCGGUCUUCCCAAAGGAAGAAUCGUGGAGAUAUAUGGGCCAGAAAGUAGUGGAAAGACCACUCUAGCCCUCCAUGCGAUUGCAGAAGUGCAGAGGCUUGGUGGAAAUGCUAUGCUUGUUGAUGCUGAACAUGCUUUUGAUCCAUCGUACUCAAAAUCUUUGGGGGUUGAUGUAGAAAAUCUAAUUGUUUGCCAGCCUGACAAUGGAGAGAUGGCUCUAGAGAUUGCUGAUCGCAUCUGUAGGUCUGGUGCUGUUGAUCUCAUUUGUAUUGACUCAGUCUCAGCACUUACUCCAAGAGCUGAAAUUGAAGGUGAAAUCGGGAUGCAACAAAUGGGUUUGCAAGCGCGCCUGAUGAGUCAAGCUUUGCGGAAGAUGUCAGGCAACGCUUCUAAAGCUGGAUGUACACUUAUAUUUUUGAAUCAGAUCAGACACAAGAUAGGAGUGUAUUACGGAAAUCCUGAGGUCACAAGUGGUGGAAUUGCUUUGAAGUUCUUUGCAUCUGUCCGGCUUGAGAUAAGACCUAUUGGGAAGAUAAAAUCUGUUAAAGGUGAUGAAGAUGUUGGAGUUAAAGUUCGUGUGAGAGUUCAAAAGAGUAAGGUGUCAAGGCCAUACAAACAAGCUGAGUUUGAAAUUAUAUUUGGAGAAGGAGUCAGCAAACUGGGUUGUGUUUUGGAUUGUGCUGAAAUAUUCGAUGUUGUUUUAAAGAAGGGGUCAUGGUACAGCUAUGGAGAUCACAGGUUGGGGCAAGGAAGAGAUCGUGCGUUACAGUACUUAAAAGAGAACCCUCUCUUGUCUGAAGAGAUAGAGAAGAAAGUUCGAUCUGCUUUGACAGAAGGUAGUGGCCAAAUAGGUUCGUUUGUAAAGUCGUCGUCUCCACAGUCGGACGAGGAAGACUCGUUCCAAGAAAUGCAAUGAGGGGUUCAUCAGACUUGUUUUUUAUUUUCAUUUUGUUGUCCAUUAUGUAACAUGAAUAGUGUCUGCAACUGAGUUAAAUUGAUUCUAUCCAUCAAUGAAGACUGUGGUGGGAAUUUUUUCAUUAAAAUGAAGGAUAAUGUAUGAAGGCGGGAGUAAAGUAUAUCACAACAUACAUGUUACAGGAAUGAUUGAUGGAUUACAAAGGGAAUUGCAGAAAAGAGUAUUAAAGUUACUGCGCCAAAGCACUGGUGUUGUAGACGAGAAGAGCGCCGCCGGCAAGGAUGCCGAGGAGGGUGACCGCCCAUAUGGCCAAGCCAGUAGUGCCUCCGACGUAGACAUCACCGGAGGGAGACCAAUCCUUCUCGUCGUAGAUGGGGCUGUAUCCAUCGACGUUAGCACCGUAUUUGUCCACGAACUGGUACACGCCCUUUCCCUGUAUAAUUGGGUGAGAGCAUGCGAGGAAAUCAAAAGAAAAGAAGAAUAGAAGCAAGGGAAGGAACCUUAGGCUUCCGGCCGGAGGCGUCGAGGCCAUUUCGCAAGUCCAUGCCGCCGCCAGUUCCAUAAGGUGUGUCGGUCUUGAUCUUCUUGCCGCCGCUGGCUUGCACUCUGAAAGGGGUGGUUCUGGCGAGCGAUGGCAGGCCUCGCACGCCCGACUUGUCGGCGGAGAAGGACGCCGGCUUCAAAGCCACGGAACUCAUCAUGCUGCUUGCCAUUAAUAAUAUCUCUCUCGGAACUUUCUUCAACCCUCGAUACACUGCACUCUC